ACCUACAGCAGCAGACAGAUAUGAACUUCUAGAAAUGACAAAAAGUCAGACCUUAUUAGAACAAAUUAUUCAACAAGCACAACACUUUUUUAUGAGAAUGCGUACAGAAUAUGUUUUGGAUACAAUAGCUAAGGAAGUCAAAGAUCCAUUAAUAGUUUCUCAUUGGAAUGCUUUGAAUAGCCCAACACAAAGUUGUGUCAAGAUUAAUAUUAUGACUCAUGGGUAUGAUACUGUGUGCCGAACUUCACUUGUGGUUCAUGUUGGAGAAAAAUCACUAAAAUGUAUAUGCAGAGAUGGAAGAGUAAUGCAUAUGUCAUAUGAACCGCAAGAAUUGAGAGAUCUCAUUUUCUGCCAAAUAUAUCAACACCAAAUAUUAGCACUUCAAGCUGUAGCCAGAUGUAUGGGCUGGCAGCAUUUGGCAACAAGCAGUCAUUUAGGAAUUGGACCAGUAGAGCCUUUAGGAAAUGCUGCCAGCUGCAUUCUAGCAUCGCCUAUGGGAGAUCGUGCUAUAGCAGUUAGAUGUGAACCGCAAAAUGGAAUGCAAGUUUAUAUAUCUCAAAGUCCAAGAAAAGACUUUUUCCCAGGUCAACUGGUUCAGGAAAGAAAGUGGGAAAAUCUUGGCAGUCAAUAUAAAGAGGUUCGAAUUGAAAAAAUGGAAGGUAAAAACUUUUUAAAUAAAAUGGAGUUGCUAAUGGCAAGUUUAACUAGCUCCUCCUAAUACAAUAUAGAAAUUAAAUAUUUAUCUACAUAUUGAAUAUACAUCUUUUAUAUAACAAG